UCUCUCUUUUUCUUCCACCAUAUAAACAGUGGAAAGCCAUUCAAGUGGUCUGCCUCUCUCUCUUCUAUUGCUGGUUUCUCUUCUUUUAAUCCCUAACCUCAGAAAGAAAGAAAAUGAAUCCAAAUCUCCUUGAGAAAGAUCAAACAAGCAAUGAAACCAUCCAUGGGUCGAGAAGAUUCAAAGAAGCAAACAACUUCAGAUCUUCACCAAAAUCGCAUACCAACUUCUCUCUCGCUAGAAACCAUCCCCUCAACAAAACAUUCCCAGUCUUGAAGUCGGAAGAUGAACACGAAAGCGAAAACGGUUGGAAAAGGAGGGGUCAAAGUGGAAUAAAAGCAAAAGUAUGCUCAAGAGGACACUGGAGACCAACAGAAGAUGCUAAACUCAAGGAGCUUGUUGCCCAGUUUGGUCCACAAAACUGGAACGUGAUUGCUAACCACCUUCUUGGUAGAUCAGGCAAGAGUUGUAGAUUGAGAUGGUUUAACCAGCUAGACCCAAGAAUUAACAAGACUACCUUCACCGAGGAAGAAGAGUUAAGGCUUUUAGCUGUUCACCGAGCCUAUGGCAACAAGUGGGCUUUGAUCUCACGUCUCUUCCCUGGCCGGACAGAUAACGCUGUCAAGAACCAUUGGCACGUCAUCAUGGCUCGACGAACUAGAGAAAGUCAACGACAACGUCAUCAGCCUCCUCAGGCACCGUCAGGAAACGCUGAAAUGGCAGUCUCUUCCUCGUAUAAUCACGGCGAUGAGUUCUUCGGUACGGUGGUGAAUGGUACUUUCGUCAAUGACGAAGAUGAUGAGGCUGGUGAUGACGAUGGUUCAGCUGUCUCUACUUGUACGACGGAGCUCUCUCUCACUCCGCCUUCUUCAACUCACCAGCUUCGUUUCUUCAAUUACGAUAGUACCCUUGCACCAGGUAAAGCUGGUGGUCAGUGUGUGCAGAGAGCAGAAGUAAAUGGCAAAUAUAGUAAAAAGUUGGACCAUCAAAAUCACCACACAAUCACAGUCAGUGAAAGAAAGGUGGAAGUGAAGAUGAAGAGUGGCCAUUACUUCUUUGAUUUUCUUGGAGUUGGAGCUUCUUGAUUAAUAUUAUGAAGAAUUAGGGUUCAUGAUAAGGGAACUAAUUGUUCGAUAAAGAAAAUUGGUUCAGUUUCCUUUGUUUACCUGGUUAAGUCCUAGCCAUGUUUGUUUAACAUUUUAAUGUGGGCUUUGGUAGAAGUUAGCCGGGGUAGGAGUGAAAAAGAAAAAAGCAAAACAAAAGUUGAA